AUGCACCUCUCUCUGGUUGUGAUAUUAGGGGCUGCAAUAUUUACAACAAUAGCAGCAGCUCGAGCCCUGCCUCAAGCCCUGCCUGGCUGCAGAGAUAAAUGUGGUGAUCUAACAAUUCCUUUCCCAUUUGGCAUUGGUGAUGGCUGCUACCUUCGACCCGAAUUCAACCUCACUUGCGACCAAUCCACCACACCGCCAUCGGCAAACUUGACGGGCCACACAAUCCGCAUUUCUGACUUUUACCUUGCUGAGGCAGAGUUGCAAGUAAUGACCUUCACAUCCAGAGAUUGUUAUGACACCAAAGGUCUCAGAACCUACAAGAACACCCCCAUACUCUGGCUGCCUCCUCCUUAUACAAUCUCUGACACCAAGAACAAGUUUGUCGCCGUUGGUUGCGACACAUACGCUCUUUUCCAAGGAUACAGAGGCGAAGAGAGGUUCAUAACCGGGUGCAUGUCCUUAUGUGACAGCCUAGGCAGCGUCGAAUACCAGGACUCUUAUUGCUCCGGCAUUGGGUGCUGCCAAACUUCCAUCCCCAGCGGACUGAAAAACUGUACUGUCCAAUUGAGUAGCUAUUACAAUCAUACUUUAAUAAUGGACUUCAACCCCUGCAGCUAUGCUUUCAUUGUGGAACAGGGCCAGUUCAAAUUCAACAGUACAAGUUUUCAACAACUCAACAGCAUAAGUCAAAUUCCAAUGGCUAUAAAUUGGGAAAUUGGGGAUGAGACAUGCGAUAUUGCAGCUCAAAAGAGAGAAGAUUUUGCAUGCAAGGCAGAUUAUAGCAAGUGUGUCAACAGGAACACUAACAUCAAUGGGUCUGGUUACAUUUGCCAGUGCUUGCCAGGUUACCGAGGGAAUCCAUACCUCCCACAUGGUUGCCAAGGUAAUUGA